UUGGAGAACUUCGGAAGACACACCGCCGUGCGUGAACCGGAAGCGAUAAUUUCCCGGGACGUUGUCGCUAACUGUCCUUAGUCGUGGCCGGGGAGGCGGCGCACGGCCUUACGACAUGUCAUAGGGCGAUUAAAAGGUACACCUUCACGUAUAGCUUUGACACUGCCAAAAUGUCAACUUCUACCUCCUCGCAGGAGCUGCUGGGACUAAACCCCUGUAAUCAUAGCAUACCGGACACAGACGGGAAUGUGGUACGACCACAACCAGCUCUGCUGAAGCUUCUGCACACAGCAGGGGCAAAGGGACAUACGUUUACUGUAAAACAGGUUAUGCAUUUUUUAGGACAGUACAUCAUGGUGAAGCAGCUGUAUGACAAGCAGCAGCAGCACAUCGUUCACUGCGGCACAGAUGAACUUGGGAAGCUAUUGGGCAUCACAACGUUUUCUGUCAAAGACCCAAGUCCAUUGUAUGAGAUGUUAAAGAAGAAUCUUUCUCGAGUUCCUUGCACAGAUGCUGCUCAAAGUCCCUCAAGAGACCUAACGCAGGAUACUGGCGGUUUGGAGCGGCAGAAGCAUUUUGAUGAAUCUAUGCACGAAGAGAUCACUGACAUAAGGGUUACGUCUUCCUCCUCCCAUAAGCCACUUGCAGAAGAUGGUGAAAAUCUGGCCACUCUAGAGCAGGAUGGCUUGAAUCUCUCCUUUGAAGAAUGGGAUGUUGCCGGUCUACCCUGGUGGUUUCUGGGGAAUUUGAGGGCAAAUUAUAAUCCCCUUAGUUAUGGGUCCACAGACAUCCCUUCCAACCAGGACAUAGAUACAGCCCUGGUUUCUGAUACCACGGAUGACUUGUGGUUCCUCAAUGACAAUCGGUCAGAUCAAAUUAAUGUGGAGGUGAAAGUGGAAAGUCUGGAUUCUCAAGAUAGUGAGGGUGAAGACAUGAAAGAAAAUGAAGGAAAGAAAGUGAUCGAGCUGACCAUAUAUGAUGAUUUAGAGGACACACAAAGCCUGAGUGAUACAGAUACAGAGAUUUCUUCUGAGGACUGCUGGCAAUGCAACAAUUGCCAUAAGUUUAAUUCCCCUUCAAAGCGCUACUGCUUCCGCUGCUGGGCGUUACGCAAGGAUUGGUAUGCAGACUGCCCGCCUCUAACUCAUACACUUUCCACCCCUGCUCUAUCGGCUAAUGUCAGUUCCCUGGAAAUGAAGAAUGGCAUGGACAUUCCUGACUGCCGCAGAACAGUUUCUGCCCCCAUGGUGCGUGUGAAAAACAAGGAUAAAAAUAACCAAGCUCCUUUCUUCGAGCCCUUAGAUUUGGCAUCAAAUGCCAGAAAUCUCUCAGAAAGCACAGACACUCUUCUCGAUUUGGAAGAAGCACCACUGGAGUCCAGACGUCUCUUGUUGGAACCAUGCAAGCUGUGCCACCGGCGCCCACGUAAUGGCAACAUAGUGCACGGACGUACAGGCCACUUGGUGACCUGUUUUCACUGCGCAUGCAAACUGAAGAAUACUCGAAAGGGAUGUCCAGUGUGUAAGAAACCAAUACAGAUGGUGGUAAAAACCUAUGUGUCGUAGCAUUGGAGCAGCACCGCUGUCUGAAUUGUAGACCUCCAGCUGUUGGCGGCCUAAAAUGCCACCAGCGACCUCCCUAUCAAACGGUUUGUGUAGACACAUAGUUGUGGUUUACUGUGCUGCGCCUUUGGUGCAAUGAGGGUGUUGCCAUCAAUCUUGUGUCCAAGCUCCAUUCAUUUCUGUGGCCAGCUCCUCCCUUUCUGCUUUGCCUCUACCUGGCCUUGUCAGUCAAAGCAGCCAGGGAGGAGUUGGCUGCAGCAAUGAUUGGAGUUUGGGUGCAGUGAUCAAUGGUGACGCCCUCAUUGCAUCAAAGACUUAAUUUGCAUACCAAGAAAAAGUAUUAUAACUCUUGAACGGAGCCUCGGAUCAACAAAAGAAAAAACUAAUUUUAAUCAGGUGAACCACAGCUAUGUGUCUAUGCGAACAGUUUGAUGGGGAGGUCGCUGGUGACAGAUUGCCUUUAAGCACCUUUUUUCUUUGAAGGAGACCUGGAUUUCGACAGUGCAAAAAAUUUUUUGUUUACCUUUAGCAGUGGAUGUUUUGCUGAUUCCAGUCUUCAUAUCUGACCAUGCUUUAUCACUGCCAUGAUUUACUGAAGUGUUUUCUGUUGCGGGGUUCUGCUUAGAUUCCACCAGGAGCAGAAAAUAAAACUUUUUUUUUUUUUUUCCAAUAGUAUUUAUGAAGAUAUAAGAAUAUAUAAGGAAGAUAUGUGUAUCUAUUUAUGUUUGGACUUCAGUCUUUAUAGUUUGAUGGAAUUCCUGUACAAGGCCCUUCCAGCCAGUGUUUCGGCAGUCUGUCACAAUGCAACUAUGGUCUGCAAUGCAUAAAAGGAAGCUCAUUGUAUAUUUCUUUGCCUUCUUGUUAAUAUGAAAGUCUUUUUUAAUUUAGGUUUUACACGGCACUUCUAUAAGAAGAAAAGAAGUGCAAGAAAACGUGAUUUCUUUCUAGCCUAUAGGUGUUCAUGUUGCCAAAGUUCUCCCUUACAUGUGGGUUUACAAUGAAAGUAAUUGAAAAGCCCAAUGCAAUUAAAAAUUUUCACGUUCAUUUCUGAAAGCAAGCAAAUGGCUACCACCUUAAAGGGGUGGGCCACUUUUCUGUCAUUGUAUGUGUCCUUGCUGUAUGCCAUUUAAUGUUUUCAUUGUAUACAUUUUUCCUGAUUAUUUUUAGGGUGCAUCCUGAGCUGUAAAACAGCGGCUGUGCGGUUGGCGGCACGUUCAAAUGGCGUCCGGUGCACUCUUUAUCCUUCUGUGUGGUCACACAGGUGCAAUAUGAUAAAGGAGAGUGCGCUGGACCCAGGAGGGUUUCUAGGCAGGGCAUGUGCUGAGCGCUUCAUUGGGAGGAAGCAGGAGUAGGCUGGACAUGCGCAGAUCGCUUUGGCGUCUGAAUAGUACAAGUGACGCAAAAUGGGACAGGAGAAAGCUGAGCUGAAUUACACGGAGUAUGAGCAGAACGCAUCUGGAGAGUAUGUGCAGUACAGUAGACGGGAGCGCGCAAUGCCGAAUAGAUGGGUGGGUGAAGCUAAGCAUUCGCUAUAUGACGUCCUAAUGAACAGCACAGCCGCUGUUUACAGCUGGGCAUGUGACCAAAAAACAAUUAGCAAAAUGGGAACCAGCAAGGGAAUAAUUCAUCCCAUGGAAACAUGAAAUAACAUACAAUAAGGCGCCUUACAAGAUAGAAAAGUGGCCAUCCUCUUUAAAGAGAGCCUGUCAGCAAGGCCAGCACUAUUAAACCAAGCAAACUACCUGGUAGGGUUGAUCCUGCAGUUUAAAAUUAUACCUGACCUGUAAAAUUUAUUUUGGCGUUCCCGAGCAAAAAAGGUUUUUUUUUCUUUGCAAAUGAGGACUUCAGUGUAAAGCGUUAAGAGGCCAAGCCACCAGGUGCUCCUCAGCUCUCCAGUGCUAGAUACACCCCUCAGUGCACUGAAGACCUAAUUUGCGUAAAGAAUAAAGGUCUAAUUUUCUCGGGAACACCGCAAAAGAUUUUCACAGGUCAGGUAUUGUUUUAGUCAGCAGAAUCAACCCUACUAGGCAGUGAGCAUGCUGUAAGAGGGUUCACCUGGUUAACAUCGAAAAUUGAAUCCAAAGCUUUUACUGCGAAUCUCCUUUGUAACUAAAAUAUUAUGUAAACGGCUCUUUUUAGCUUUUUUUCCUACAAUGGAUUUGGCUGCGGUGAAUCCACUGCAAAAUCUUCAUGUAUUAAUUGCGAUUUGCUGCAGACUUGAUGUGUGUUUGCAACGCCAUGGGUAAAAUCCACGUCCUGAGCUGCAUAUAACACAUGAAGGUUUUGCAAUGGAUUCACUGCUGACAAAUCCAUAGUAA